GGUACCAAGCGGAAGGAGGAGAUGGUGGAGCAUUUAUCAGAGGAGCCCCAAGUUGGUGCUGACUCCGCCUCCAGGCACCCUCCCAAGAGGCCCCUGGUCCGGGGCCGGGGGCCUGUCAGCAGCAUCUUUCGCAGUGCCUUGACCAGCAUCCUGAAGACACCGGCCCUACAGACCCGGCGAGAGCCGAAGAGGAGUGAGGAGCCACAGCCAGACUGGGGGGAGGCGGAGCACCAGGGUUCGAUGGCACCGACCACCAGCCACUCACCCUCAACGCCGCCAAGGUCACAGGCCCCAACCCGGGAGGUCCUUGAGAGGGCGGAGGAGUUGGAUCCCGAAACUGAGGCAGCAUCAACAGUGAGACGUGCCCGCCGCCUGGACAGCACAGACAGCCUGGGGGGGAUGUCACCCUCCGAAGCCAUGGUGCUCCAAUGCAAGAACAUUCCAGCCAGUCUUAACAGCAAGGACAUCCUGGGGGAACAUUUCCGCCAGUUCGGACGUGUGCAGCGGAUCUUCUGCAGGCCCCAGAAGAACCUGGCCAUAGUGCACUUCCACGACCAUGCUUCUGCUGCCAAAGCCAAGAAGAAGGGCAAACUGCUGCGCAGGCAUGAGCUCACCAUCUUCUGGCAGAGGAAGAAGCAGAGUCCAGGAGAGAAGGGCCAAAGGCCUCCAGAUGACCCUGAUCCUCAGAGCCAGGCAGGAGGCUUUGAGUCAGCCCCUGUCUGCAAAGCCCUCUCCAAAUCCACCUCCGGCUGGUCCUCCAGCUCAUCCCUAUCCAGAGGGUCACCAGCCAAGAAACCCCUGGCGACAAAGGCCCUGCAGUUUGAGAGUGAGCCGCAGAUGGAGCCCAGCCCAGACGGCCUCGAAUCCGAACAUCUAGCCAGCAGCCUCCCCUCUCCCCUCUUCCACCUGAUUGGCCAGGUAGCUGAAACCGCAGAGGAGAAGUAUCGUCUGCUAGAGCAGCGGGACAAGAUCCUGCGACAGGCUCGGCCCAAGAGGACCGACCUGGAUCUGUCCAAGGUGUUUGUGGGUACGUGUCCUGACAUGUGUCCGGAGAAGGAGCGUUACAUGAGGGAGACCCGGAACCAACUGAGCUCUUUUGAGGUCAUCCCCAACACGGAGAAGGUGGACCACACUGCUGCCAUUAAGGAGUACAGCAGGUCCUCUGCUGACCAGGAGGAGCCCCUCCCCCAUGAACUGCGGCCCCUUACUGUGCUGAACAUGACCAUGAACUACCUGGUUACCCAGGUCAUGGACCAGGGUGAGGACAACUACCGUGACUGGUAUGACUUUGUGUGGAACCGCACACGAGGUAUCCGGAAGGAUAUCACUCAGCAGCACCUGUGCGACCCGCUUACGGUGUCCCUUAUUGAAAAGUGCGCCCGCUUCCACAUCCACUGCGCACACCACCUGUGCCAGGAGCCCAUGAUGUCCUUUGAUGCUAAGAUCAACAAUGAAAACCUGACCAAAUGCCUGCAGAGCCUCAAGGAGAUGUACCAGGACCUGGCCAGCAAGAACAUCUACUGCCCUCAUGAGGCAGAGUUUCGGCAGUACAGCGUGCUCCUGAAGCUCAAUGAUGGAGACAUCCUCCGGGAGGUGCAGCAAUUCCGGGCGGAGCUCCGAAACUCUCCGGAGGUGAAGUUUGCCGUCCAGGCCUUUGCCGCUGUCAACAGCAACAACUUCGUGAGGUUCUUCAAGCUGGUCAAGGUGGCCUCGUAUCUGGCUGGUUGCAUCUUGCACCGCUACUUCGACCAGGUGCGCCGUGAGGCUCUGCGGGCCCUGAAUGUGGCCUACAGCUCCCGUGGUUCCACCACAUUCCCGGUCGAAGACCUGGUCCGGAUGCUCAUGUUCCAGAAUGCCGGCGAGGCUUCGGACCUCGCGCUGCAGUAUGGGCUCGCGGUCGAUGCAGGCAUGGUGGAGCUAAGCCGGACAGCGUACCAGGAGCCUGAGAUCCAGCCACGUCCAAAGCGCUCUGUGGCCAUCGCAAGGAAGCGGGAGGUGCUGGUGGGCCAAGUGGUCAACGGCGCGCCACUGCCCAACCCACCCCAACACACACCCGUCAACAGCUUUGACAGCCGCAACAAGUACCGUGGGGAUGGGCAGCCAGCGGAGGCAGGCAGUGUGCCCAGGGCUGCAGCCUCCCCUCAGAGGCCCCCCAUUGAGCUGGAUGCGCGGGCCCUCCAGCACCGAUCCAAGAUGCCGAGCGACCCAGCGGAGUCAGCUGGCCUCCCUGGUAGAGAGGAGAGUGGAGCACUUGGGGCAUCUCCGUCGGAGGCACCACCAGUCGCCCCACCUACGCCUCCCCCACCGGAGCCCGUUUACACAGAGCAGGACAUCGCCACGGAGGUAGAGGCCAUGCUGGAGGAGGUAGUGCAGGCCGAGGUGGCUGACGUGGCUGCCACCGAAGCCGAGUACAUCUCUGCUGCACUCAGCAUGUGCAACGGCCAGGUGGAGGCAGUGCUGAGUGAGGUGGUGGAGCAGAUGCUGCGGGAGGUUUCUGCUGCCGAGAUCCAGGCAGAGAGGGAGCAUAUCGCUGAGGAGAAGCGCAGGAUGGAGGAAGCCAGGAGAAAGCAGGAACACGAGGAGCUCCUGGCCCGGCUCAGCAAGACACUGUGUGCCGAGAUCACACAGGAGGUGCUGCGCGACUGCAUCGUGGAGACUGCCUCAACAGAGAUCAGGCGUGCCCAAGAAGAGCAGGCAGAAUGUGUGGCUCGCAGCUCACAAGACGUGUGUGAGGUACUGCUGGAGGAGACGCUGUGUGGUGAGCUCACCCUGCUGGCCCAAGACGUCCUGGAAGCAGAGCUUCUGAGUAUACGCAGGUUCAUCAAAAGGUGGCGUGAUGUGGUGGCCGUGCGCAGGCAGCUGAAGCGACAGAUGCGUGAUUUUCCUGCUGCCCCUGGCUGUGUGGACCCCCGCUUCAGGCUGCAGGCCUUGGCCCCCAGUGCCCCCCCCUCACCCUGCGAAACCGAGCAUCAGAUGAAGGUUCACUUGUUCUACCAGCAGCUCCUGAGCGAAUCUGUGUGGGGGCCACUGGACCUGCUCAGUCUGGUGGCAGCAAGCGUCUCGAACCCAUCUGACACAAUCUUCUGGAAGGCAGCCCUCUUGUUGCCAAGUGAUCAUGAAAGAGAUGCCAGUGUUGCUAACCAGAUUUUGACAGAAUGGCUGGAGUCCAAAUUCGGUAACUCGGAGAAGCAAGAACACAGGGAGAUGGUCCCCAACGGACACAUGCAAACCUUGAGCAUCAGCAGCGGCCUGCGGAGCGUGGGGGAGCGCAUGCACACAGUGCACGUGUGUGUGAAGGUGGCCCGCGGGCCCCUCAGCGAGGAAGGCCAGUUGGCAUUGGAGAAGCGGAAGGGGCUGAUGGGCAUGGGCGCCCUGCUGAUGCUGCUGCCCUCGGCAGUCAGUCCCGGGGCUGAUGAGGAAGACGGGGACAUCUUCCUGUUAUCCGCCCUGCUGCAACUCCGGCAGAUCCAGCAGGCUAAUGCCUGGCCACAGGCCCUUCCUCUGGUGGUGGUGGUCCCAGGGCAGGCUGGGCACAGGGCCAGCGAUGAACGGCUAGAGGAAGACCUGAUGCUUCAGACACUCAUUGAGGAAGGUUUGAUUUCAGAGUACAUGUUCGUCCAUAUCCCCGAGACCACGAACGAACCCCAAGGAUCCGAGCAGAUCCGCCAUGCCGUCAGGUGGCUCGCUGCCCGCUCCACGGCACCAGCCCGGCUCGUCUCGCAGACGUUGGUGCAGGUUGUGGAGGCCGGGCUCUGCCGCGAGUUUGCUGGUAGGCUUCACCGUGAUCGGAGGGACCGUGACAUGGCGGGACUGCCCUCCCAGGGCCCUGCACCCGUCAUCGGCCUCUACAACACUGUCCUGGCUUUCUUGGCUGGCCUUGUGUCGUCCCCGAGUCUGGCUGGCCUCUCCUGGCCCGUGGCAGAGUUCUCGGUGCCAGGGGGUGGUGACUGCCUACCACAUCUGCUCUGGAACUCGGCUGAGCACCUGGAGUGGCUCCAGGGGGCAGUCCUGAGCCUGCGGCUGCCCGACUGGCCGCUGCCAGCCGUGGGGGCUCCUUGGAGCCAGCUGGUUGCCUCCAUCUUCCAGUACGUAUCUCAAAUCCCAUGGUCCCGCCACAGCCAGCCACUCCUUAUGUCCCAGUUGGAGAACCUUUUGGAGAGGCUGCGUCAGGACUGUGUGGGCCGAGGUGGGGGGCCGGACAAGGAGCCCACUUUCUGGGAGGUGCCCUGGGACGAAAUUGUCAUGCUCUGUGUAGAGCACCAACUCCGGGACUGGAACCCUCCUGGGUGCCCCGUGAGUGAAGAUGUCAUCAGUGACGACGGAGAAAUCUCGGUGUAUUUCCUGAGCGAUGGGCUGCAGGGCUUCAUACCGCCGUCCUGCUGGGUGGAUGCCGUAAAGCAGACGCACAGGGACAAGCAGCAGGGGAAGGCAGGGUGUCACCAGAGCAUGUGGCCUCAUCCUCGACUGGCCAGGCCACGUCUUCAACAGAAGCUGUUUCACAGCAUGGUUGAGGACCCUGAGUCCGGAUCCGGUGUUGCCCCUGUUUUGGAUGCUGCCUCCAGCCCCCAGGACCUCCUGGCUCGCAUUGAGGAGGAGAAAGAACAGAGCCGCAGGUUCGAGGACCAGCUGCGUACCUGGCUUGACGUCGAGUCCCUGGGCCCUUCCUCUUCCUCCUCACCACUUUUCUUGCCUUCUUCGUUACUGUCUGUACCGGAGAUCGUAGUGCCCUCCCCAAAGAUGGCUGCCCCACCUGCACUUGCCCUGCAGAAGGAGCGCAGUGUCCUCAGUGACCAGGCCAGGGGAGCUGCCAGUUCUAUGGCGAGGCGUCUACAGGAGCUGGAGCAGCUGAUCUCUGCAAGCCGGGAGGAGGAGCUCGCAUGUGAGCUGAAGCUAAGCUGCCUUCUGGACAUUGUUGAUGACUGAGUGUCAUGUGACCCACCUGAUGUCUGCCGUUGACUGCCACAAGUUGUCUCUCUUAUGCCUGAUUUCUGCAGUAUAUUUAGUUGUGUGGUACUUGUGCAUAUAUUGCUUUGAAGAGUAUGAUGUACAGUAAUUUACACAACAUUGGGAGUGUUGUAACUGGGGGAAAAACAUGUCAUAGGAAAUGGACAGUUUUUUAGGGUUUUUUUUUUGUGCAAAUUUUAAAUAUUAAAAUGUUAUUGUAUUUAGAAACCCAUGGCUAUUUCUUUGUUUUUUUUCCAUCAUGAAACUUUGUUUAUUGUACUUUUAAAUUGAAUCACAAUUUGCUGCAGAAUCUUUAAAACCUGUGACGUUAUUUGCCCAUAUUAUACACUCAUACGUGGGGUUGUUACUGCUGUUUCUUUAACCUUGUGUAUUGUUGGUCAAAAUUAACAAUUUAGGUAAUAUCUGCAUUGUACACCAUUGCAAAAGUAUGUCUUUUUUUAGAUUCUUAAAGAAAGUUCAUGUAAUUGCUUAGUGAACUGCUGUGAUCUUCAGUUCAGUCUGCCACUGAGUUCCUUUUAUAAACUGGCUGGCUGGUUUUUAAGAAAAUAUGCCCGUGGAUGCCCUACAGGUGGCAGCAGGGAGCCAUCUGCAUAUGUACAGACAGUCUGCUGGUUAAGAAUAUUCGACUGACUUGAUGUAGCUAAGAUAUUUUACAUUUAAAAGCAGAUGGCCAUAGAUCCUAUCAUACUAAUUUAGUUUAAAACUAUUUUUAAUAUCAAACAUAUGCAUUACUUUAUGAUGCUCAUGAAAACAUCACCCUGCUUUAUUCUUUCGUGGGCUUGAGGUACAGUACUGUAUGCAGUUAUUUUUAAUAUUACUGUACUAUAAUGUUCUGUAGUAUUACUGUUCUCACACCAAUAAAUUUGACUUUAAGACUGA